UUAGUAAUAUUUGUAUUUUUAUCACUUGAUCCUUUUCAGAGUUCAUAAUGUCUCUCGUACUUCAUCAUCACCUGUACCAUCGAUCGUUGUGUCAAAUUACACUGACAAAUCGUUUGGCAAUGCAUCAUACUCAUUAAAAUUCUCAUUACCAGAUCAAACAUAUUUAGCUUUGUCACAUUGCGAUACAAACAUAAUGAUGAAUAAUUCAUCAACAUCUCAUCGUGUUCUAAUUGACAAUCAAUUGUAUACUUUUCCUGAUAUUGAGCAACGAUAUUUUUCUCAGCGAAUAUCAAGUGGUCACUGGUGGCCAACGACGUGUCAGCCACGUCAACGUCUAGCAAUUAUUGUUUCCUAUCGUAAUCGAGAUAUUCAUUUAAAGUUAUUUUUAAAUAAUCUAAAUCCAUUUUUACAACAACAACAGCUCGAUUAUACAAUUUUUGUUGUUAAUCAACAUGAUGAUAAUCUCUUCAAUCGUGCGAGAUUAUUUAACAUUGGAUAUAUUGAAGCAAUGAAACUUAAUAACUAUACGUGCUUUAUAUUUCACGAUGUUGAUCUUCUACCAGAAGAUGAUCGUAACGUGUAUCAAUGUAGUGAUCAACCACGUCAUCUGGCAGUGGCUAUUGAUAAAUAUACUUAUAAACUUCCCUAUUCCACAUACUUUGGUGGUGCAGCAGCAUUUCAGCAACGUGAUUACGUUGAUGUUAAUGGACAUUCAAACAUUUUCGAGGGAUGGGGAGGUGAAGACGAUGAUAUUGGUCUGCGUGUUUUACGACGAUUAAAGAAGGACAUUAUUCGCUAUCCAAUGGAGAUUGCCCGAUAUAGAAUGAUUCGAGAUCGAGGACACGUAGCGAGUACUGUUAAUCCGAAUAAUGUAAAGAUUUUACAAUCAAACUAUAAUUAUGACUUAGAUGGUUUGAGCACGACAUCCUACACAUUGAAUAACAUCAGAUAUUAUAAAUUAUUUACUCUUAUUAACGUAACACUGGCUGCAGUCAAUUGGACACAAGUUCAGACGAUAUUAAAAAUUUCAUAG